AUGAACCAGAUUAGCCCAAGAAGCGGGCACGUGCUCCUGCGACGGGCGGUUCCUUGCGCGUGGGCUGGAAAGCUCUUUAGAACUUCAUCUGCCCAGCGCCUGCAAUGCUUCUCUUGCGCUUCAGCGCAACGGAUUGCAGACCGUCAAGUGCGAGAAGAUAGGUUCAAGCUCCCGGACAGCCCAUGCCGCACCCGGUUUGCCCCAUCCCCCACGGGAUAUCUGCACUUGGGCUCCUUGAGGACAGCCCUGUUCAACUAUCUUCUCGACCGGGCGACAGGCGGCCAGUUCAUUCUGCGCAUUGAAGACACGGAUCAAACUCGUCUGGUGCCAGAUGCUGAAGAAAAACUGUAUGAAGAUCUGAAAUGGGCCGGUCUGUCGUGGGAUGAAGGUCCUGACAUUCAGGGACCAUAUGGCCCUUACAGACAAUCCGAAAGGCUUCCUCUCCACGCCGAGCAUGCCAAUAAGCUUGUUCGUGAGGGCAAGGCCUAUCGCUGCUUCUGCUCGCCUGAGGCACUGGAGGAGCACAAGCGGCAAGUCCAUGAGCUCGGUCAGCCAACUCUGUACCCCGGGACAUGCCGCAACAUCCCCCUGGAGGAGUCCGACCGCCGAGCUGCUGCAGGCGAGCGGUAUGCUGUCCGCUUUAAGAGUUCAGAGACACCUGUCAUGAUCCACGAUAUUAUCUACAACCGGUUUCGAAAGAAGGAUCCCGAGGAUGACUACGUUAUCCUGAAACGCGACGGCUUCCCGACAUACCACUUUGCUAAUGUCGUUGAUGAUCGGCAUAUGAAGAUCACUCAUGUCAUCCGCGGGGCGGAAUGGCUCAUCUCAACACCCAAACACGUCGAGCUGUAUAGCGCCUUUGGCUGGGAGCCGCCUAAAUUUGCACACCUCGGCCUGCUCGUGGACCAAAACAGACAAAAGCUUAGCAAACGAGACAACUCUGCCAACAUGGCCUGGUACAAGGAAAGCCGGAUCCUGCCCGUUGCUCUCCUUAAUUUUGCCGCCCAGUUGGGUUGGCGCGGUAAAGGUCCUCAGGGGAACGUCAUGGACCUACAGGAGAUGGUAGCCAAUUUCAACUUGCAAUUCACCAAAGGCGACAUCAUCGUUUCCCUCCAAAAACUUCCCCACCUCCAAGACAAACAUCUUGCUCGUCUAGCCCCUGAGGACCGAAAAGUCUCCCCUGCGCCACAAUUCCAGACCCAUGUUCUUGCGCCCAUCAAAUCAGCCAUCGCCGCAAUUGAAGAGUCCCGUCGCCACUCUCUACCUACCAUCCCGAGCUCCAUCCCGGCCUCCUCGCUCGGUGAGCCGCUGCAGACACCACGCAUCCUCUCUUCACCGUUCGAGGCUGACCUUGUCCGCGGCCUGUUGGGCACCCGGCUCAAUCUGGACGACCCAACUGCACGGUUCUCUGAGGCUGUGGCCAAGCUCAAGUACUUUAUCUGGCAGAUUCCAUUGGAUGUGCUUGUUGCCCGGCUGAAGGAGCUUGAGCUCGGCAGUCGCUUGCCUGUGUCGGAAUCAGAGCCGGUGCCUGUGAAGGCGUGUGAUGAUAAGGAGAAGUUGGUUGAGGCGAUCGGAUAUAUGCUGGAGAAAGUUUCGGCUGUGGAUGAGGGAAGUUGGACGAGAGAGGGUCUAGAUAAACUGUUGAAGGAUGUCCUCAUCGGAGAUGGCCGGAUGGCAGGCAUCUAUGCCGGUGUGGUUGACGACAUUCAGAAGUUGGUAUUCAAGCUGAUGCGGUGGGCGCUGGUUGCAUCAGAACCAGGCCUGCCCAUUCCGCAUACAAUGCAUGUUCUUGGGAGAGAGCAGACUCUCCAGCGCUUGGGGGUCGCGAAGAGUGUUGUGGAGGAGGUCGUUAACAUUCCUGAGGGUCACGAGGACGAGAUGACAGAGCAAUGA